UGGGGAAUGCUAAGAACAGUUGAUAGAGAAUUAACUGAAUUCCGCCUUAAUCUAGUUGACUCGUGCUAUCCGGCACAAGCAGGAACAACGAUUGUCAUUCCGAAAGGUUGUUUAAUAUCUGCCGAGUUCCUUCCAAUUUAUCACCCAGGAUUGAUGAUGAAGAUUGUUCUUAUGUGGUCCCUUUCCGAAAAGGUCUCUGCCUCUGAUGUAACUAUUCUUUACAACAGCCGGACCAAGCAUCUAAUGCGCUUAAUGUGCCUUAUCUUAGCUAGUCAUCACAACAAAACUGUACAGGCCGUAUCGUUGGAAAACAUUGAAACUAUACAAAAUGGAACUCUUUUAAGCUUGGUUAACUUAAGUCAACAAAUUAUACAUGAUAUCAUUGCAAGAGCAGUUAGCAGAAACAUGUUCAGAAAGGAUGCGGUCUAUAUCGUAGUUGGUGGUCUUACUGGUUUAGGAUGGGAAUGUGUACAAUUUCUUGUGGCUAACGGGGCUGGCCAUGUAGUUUGUUUCAAUCGCCGUAAACCUUCCCAAGAAAAUCUGAAGAAUAUGAAUAAUUUGGAAAGUUCUUCUUCUUGUUGUGUAGUUUCAGAACAGGUUGAUGUAACUCUGUACGAUUCCGUCGAAAAUGGAUUUAAAAGCGUGGACAGUAGAUUCCCUGGCGCCAAAAUAAAAGGUGUUAUUUUUGGAGCUGCUGUUCUUAAUGAUGCAUUUAUUGAGAGUAUGGACAAUGUUAAAUUUGCAUCUGCCUUGUCUCCUAAAGUUAGGGGAAGCUGGAAUUUACAUUUAUUAACAAAAGACCUAAACCUAGACUACUUUGUGAUGCACUCGUCCAUUGCUGGUUUACUUGGUAAUCAAGGACAAUCGAACUACGGGGCUGGGAACGCAUUCGAAGAUGGUCUAGCGCACUUUAGACGUUCAAUGGGACUUCCGGGACAAAGUUUAAAUUGGGGUCCUCUGAAUAUAGGUAUGUUAAAGGAAGCUGAAUCGACCGAGAAAGUCAUCGAUAUAUUGAAAAAACAAGGAUAUGAGUUGCUGGAAGAAAAUGACAUUCAUGAAUGUCUGCUGAGUUGCCUAUUGGACAAUUAUCCACAAGUGAUGUUAGCAAAAUUGCAUUUUGACAACGGUUUUAUUGACGAUUCUAGAAAUUCCAACCUAAGUCUUAAAUUUCUUUCCAAUACCGAUGGUAGUCCUGUUGAGUGA